AUAAACGAAGAGUUUGAUGUAGAAAAACGUGAUAUCCUCAAAACAGAUCCCCUCCCCUCCGUAGAAGAGGCAUACGCCCAAAUCAGGAGGGAGGCUACCAGGAAAGGAAUAAUGAAGGGAGACGAUGGGCCUUCAUCGGGAGAUGUUCCCUCAGGUCUUGGCAGUGGGUUCGUAGCCACACGGGCUGGAUUGCGAUCGGAAAAGGAGGUAUCGUCAUCUUGCAUAAAUGAGGACAAAUCAAAAUUGAAAUGUACCUAUUGUGGCGGAACCAAGCACACCGCAGAAGGGUGCUUCAAAAGAAUCGGGUACCCAGAUUGGUGGCCUGACAGCCGAAAGAGGGGGAAGAAGCAGCCUGGGGUCGCUGGGGCAGUGGUGGGCAAUCAAGAGACCACCAGCACCACUGCUGUCCAAGCGUCUGAAAACUUCGCCGGAAUCGCCAUGGGUAACGUCGAAGAAGAGAGCAGCGGCGUAAGAAGGAGAGGCGAAGAAGUUACGGGAUAUUCAGACGGGGAAGAUCAUUGGGCAUGGUUCUGAGCGUAAUGGCCUGUACUAUGU